CACUGGGAAUUCGGUGAAGAGGGCACCCCAUACCAUGGCAGUGCCCGUCGACGCUGCACGAGUCAGGGACAAGCCCGUCCACAGUGGGGUGAGUCAAGCCCCCACGGCGGGCCGGGACUGCCACCAUCGUGCAGAGCUCGCAUCGCCGCGGGACUCGGGCUGCCGUGGCUGCUUGGGAGACCUAGUGCUGCAGCCGCUCCGGAGCUCUCGGAAACUUUCCUCCGCGCUGUGCGCGGGCUCCCUGUCCUUUCUGCUGGCGCUGCUGGUGAGGCUGGUCCGCGGGGAGGUCGGCUGUGACCUGGAGCAGUGUAAGGAGGCGGCGGCGGAGGAGGAGGAGGAAGCAGCCCCGGGAGCAGAAGGGGGCGUCUUCCCGGGGCCUCGGGGAGGUGCUCCCGGGGGCGGCGCGCGGCUCAGCCCCUGGCUGCAGCCCUCAGCGCUGCUCUUCAGUCUCCUGUGUGCCUUCUUCUGGAUGGGCUUGUACCUCCUGCGCGCCGGGGUGCGCCUGCCUCUGGCUGUCGCGCUGCUGGCCGCCUGCUGUGGGGGGGAAGCGCUCGUCCAGAUUGGGCUGGGCGUCGGGGAGGAUCACUUACUCUCGCUCCCAGCCGCGGGGGUGGUGCUCAGCUGCUUGGCCGCCGCGACAUGGCUGGUGCUGAGGCUGAGGCUGGGCGUCCUCAUGAUCGCCUUGACUAGCGCGGUCAGGACCGUGUCCCUCAUUUCCUUAGAGAGGUUCAAGGUCGCCUGGAGACCUUACCUGGCGUACUUGGCCGGCGUGCUGGGGAUCCUCUUGGCCAGGUACGUGGAACAAAUCUUGCCGCAGUCCGCGGAGGCGGCUCCAAGGGAGCAUUUGGGGUCCCAGCUCAUUGCUGGGACCAAGGAAGAGAUCCCGGUGUUUAAGAGGAGGAGGCGGUCCAGCUCUGUCGUGUCCGCCGAGAUGUCCGGCUGCAGCAGCAAGUCCCAUCGGAGGACCUCCCUGCCCUGUAUACCGAGGGAACAGCUCAUGGGACAUUCAGAAUGGGACCACAAACGAGGGUCAAGAGGAUCUCAGUCUUCAGGAACCAGUAUUACUGUGGACAUCGCUGUCAUGGGCGAGGCCCACGGCCUCAUUACCGACCUCCUGGCAGACCCUUCUCUUCCACCAAACGUGUGCACAUCCUUGAGAGCCGUGAGCAACUUGCUCAGCACACAGCUCACCUUCCAGGCCAUUCACAAGCCCAGAGUGAAUCCCGUCACUUCGCUCAGUGAAAACUAUAUCUGUUCUGACUCUGAAGAGAGCUCUGAAAAAGACAAGCUUGCUAUUCCAAAGCGCCUGAGAAGGAGUUUGCCCCCUGGCUUGUUGAGAAGAGUUUCUUCCACUUGGACCACCACCACCUCGGCCACAGGUCUACCUACCUUGGAGCCUGCACCAGUACGGAGAGACCGCAGCACCAGCAUCAAACUGCAGGAAGCACCUUCAUCCAGUCCUGAUUCUUGGAAUAAUCCAGUGAUGAUGACCCUCACCAAAAGCAGAUCCUUUACUUCAUCCUAUGCUAUUUCUGCAGCUAACCAUGUAAAGGCUAAAAAGCAAAGUCGACCAGGUGCCCUCGCUAAAAUUUCACCUCUUUCAUCGCCCUGCUCCUCACCUCUCCAAGGGACUCCUGCCAGCAGCCUGGUCAGCAAAAUUUCUGCAGUGCAGUUUCCAGAAUCUGCUGACACAACUGUCAAACAAAGUCUAGGUUCUCACAGGGCCUUAACUUACACUCAGAGUGCCCCUGACCUAUCCCCUCAAAUCCUGACUCCACCUGUUAUAUGUAGCAGCUGUGGCAGACCAUAUUCCCAAGGGAAUCCUGCUGAUGAGCCCCUGGACAGAAGUGGGGUAGCCACUCGGACACCAAGUAGAACAGAUGACACUGCUCAAGUUACCUCUGAUUAUGAAACCAAUAACAACAGUGACAGCAGUGACAUUGUACAGAAUGAAGAUGAAACAGAGUGCCUGAGAGAGCCUCUGAGGAAAGCAUCGGCUUGCAGCACCUAUGCUCCUGAGACCAUGAUGUUUCUGGACAAACCAAUUCUUGCUCCCGAACCUCUUGUCAUGGAUAACCUGGACUCAAUUAUGGAGCAGCUAAAUACUUGGAAUUUUCCGAUUUUCGAUUUAGUGGAAAAUAUAGGAAGAAAAUGUGGCCGUAUUCUUAGUCAGGUAUCUUACAGACUUUUUGAAGACAUGGGCCUCUUUGAAGCUUUUAAAAUUCCAAUUAGGGAAUUUAUGAAUUAUUUUCAUGCUUUGGAGAUUGGAUACAGGGAUAUUCCUUAUCAUAACAGAAUCCAUGCCACUGAUGUUUUACAUGCUGUUUGGUAUCUUACUACACAGCCUAUUCCAGGCCUCUCAACUGUGAUUAGUGACCAUGGUUCAACCAGUGAUUCAGAUUCUGACAGUGGAUUUACACAUGGACAUAUGGGAUAUGUAUUCUCAAAAACGUAUAAUGUGACAGAUGAUAAAUACGGAUGUCUGUCUGGGAAUAUCCCUGCCUUAGAGUUGAUGGCGCUGUAUGUGGCUGCAGCCAUGCAUGAUUAUGAUCACCCAGGAAGGACUAAUGCUUUCCUGGUUGCAACUAGUGCUCCUCAGGCGGUGCUAUAUAACGAUCGUUCAGUUUUGGAGAAUCAUCACGCAGCUGCUGCAUGGAAUCUUUUCAUGUCUCGGCCAGAGUAUAACUUCUUAGUUAACCUUGACCAUGUGGAAUUUAAGCAUUUCCGUUUCCUUGUCAUUGAAGCAAUUUUGGCCACUGACCUGAAGAAACACUUUGACUUCGUAGCCAAAUUUAAUGGCAAGGUAAAUGAUGAUGUUGGAAUAGAUUGGACCAAUGAAAAUGAUCGUCUACUGGUUUGUCAAAUGUGUAUAAAGUUGGCUGAUAUCAAUGGUCCAGCUAAAUGUAAAGAACUCCAUCUUCAGUGGACCGAUGGUAUUGUCAAUGAAUUUUAUGAACAGGGCGAUGAAGAGGCCAGCCUUGGGUUACCCAUAAGCCCCUUCAUGGAUCGUUCUGCUCCUCAGCUGGCCAACCUUCAGGAAUCCUUCAUCUCUCACAUUGUGGGGCCUCUGUGCAACUCCUAUGAUUCAGCCGGACUAAUGCCAGGAAAAUGGGUGGAAGACAGUGAUGAGUCAGGAGAUACCGAUGACCCAGAAGAAGAGGAGGAAGAAGCAGCAGCACCAAAUGAAGAGGAAACCUGUGAAAAUAAUGAAUCUCCAAAAAAGAAGACUUUCAAAAGGAGAAAAAUCUACUGCCAAAUAACUCAGCACCUCUUACAGAACCACAAGAUGUGGAAGAAAGUCAUUGAAGAGGAGCAACGGUUGGCAGGUGUAGAAAAUCAAUCCCUGGACCCGACCCCUCAAUCGCACUCUUCAGAACAGAUCCAGGCUAUCAAGGAAGAAGAAGAAGAGAAAGGGAAACCAAGAGGGGAGGAGAUACCAACCCCAAAGCCAGACCAGUGACAAUGGAUAGAAUGGGCUGUGUUUCCAAACAGAUUGACUUGUCAAAGACUCUCUUCAAGCCAGCACAACAUUUAGACACAACACUGUAGAAAUUUGAGAAGAUGGGCAAAUGGCUAUUGCAUUUUGAGAUUCUUCGCAUUUUGUGUGUAUAUUUUUACAGUGAGGUACAUUGUUAAAAACUUUUUGCUCAAAGAAGCUUUCACAUUGCAACACCAGCUUCUAAGGAUUUUUUAAGGAGGGAAUAUAUAUGUGUGUGUGUAUAUAAGCUCCCACAUAGAUACAUGUAAAACAUAUUCACACCCAUGCACGCACACACAUACACACUGAAGGCCAGGAUUGCUGGCUCCACAAUUUAGUAGCAUUUAUAUUAAGAUAUAUAGUGGUCACUGUGAUAUAAUAAAUCAUAAAGGAAACCAAAUCACAAAGGAGAUGGUGUGGCUUAGCAAGGAAACAGUGCAGGAAAUGUAGGUUACCAACUAAGCAGCUUUUGCUCUUAGUACUGAGGGAUGAAAGUUCCAGAGCAUUAUUUGAAUUCUGAUACAUCCUGCCAACACUGCGUGUGUGUGUGUGUGUGUGUGUGUGUGUGUGUGUGUGUGUGAAAGAGAGACAGAAGGGAACAGUUUGAAAGGGUGCUUGUGUGCAUGUGUGUGCAUAUGUAAAGAGAUUUUUGUGGUUUGAGUAACUCAUAGAAUAGCUGUAGCAAAUGACUGAGUAUAUGUGAACAAACAGAAGGAAAUUCACUGUGGAGUGUCUUUGGGAAGCAGCCAUUCCAAAUGCCCUCCUCCAUUUAGCUUCAAAUAAAGGGCCUUUUGCAGAUGGAGGGCACUGAAGGGCUGAGUGAGAGGGCCACAUGUUUGGUAUUACAUUACUAUUAUGCACCACUUGAAGGAGCUCUAUCACCAGCCUCAAACCUGGAAGACUGAGGCAUUUUCCAGUCUACUUGCCUAAUGAAUGUAUAGGAGCUGUCUGUGAUUAUGGAUGUCACUCAACUAAGAUCAAAUCACCAUUUAAGGGGAUGGCAUUCUUUAUACAUAAACACCUAGGGAAGAGCUGGAGUCAGGUCUUUCAGUCAGGUUAGAAUUCUAAACGAUGCCAGAGAAGGCUUGGGAAAUUGUACUUCAGCGUGAUCGCCUGUGUCUUCUUAAUUUGCUGCAAAAUGUGUGGUAGAGGAAGAAAAGGAAACAGAAAAAUCACUCUGGGUUAUAUAGCAAGAGAGGAAGGAGAUUAUUUCAACCCAGGGUUUUUGUGUUGAUGUAGGAAAAGCCUGAUUCUUGGCAACUGUUGCAGUUUGUCUUUCAGGGGCAAAGGUCCCACUGACAGCCCCUGUUGUGGUAUCCACACGCUGUCGGGGUAGCCUCCAUCGGCAAUCUGGCCCAUUGUCAGUCAUGCUUCUUCUGGCAGGGGAGAUUAUAGAGAGAUUGUUUGAGGAUCAGGUUAUUAUUGAAAGUCUUUUUGUUUGUUUUGUUUUGGUUUGUUUGUUAUCUACACUUGUUUAUGCUGUGAGCCAAACCUCUAUUUAAAAAGUUGAUACUCACUUUCAAUAUUUUAUUUCAUAUUAUUAUAUAUGUCAUGAUAGUUAUCUUGAUGUAAAUAUGAAGUUUUUUUUUUUUGUUUCUGUAGAUAGUAAACUCUUUUUUUAAAAAAGGAAAAGGGAAACAUUUUUAUAAAGUUAUACUUUAAUCACCAUUUUUAUACAUUGUAGUUCUCUCCAAGCCCAGUAAGAGAAUGAUGAUUCAUUUGCAUGGAUGUCGAUGGACAGUCAAUCAUCUACCUAUUAUAAUUUAAAUGAUAAUCUGAUAUAGUUUUUUUUUUUUUUUGCCAAUUAAAUGAGGAUGCUGCAAAGAAUGUUUUUUUCACUAGUAACUUUUGCUAACUGAAUGAAUUCUGGGUCCAUAUCUCCCAGAUGAAAGACUGUUAGCCAAUAGCAUAUUUUUAUAGUUGGCGUCCAUUUCUUUCCAACAAUGUUUGGUUAUGAUUCUUCCUUCAGUACUAUAUAUAGACCUACUCAUUAUCUAAACAAUCUUAGCUUCUAAGUAAAUCUUGAUUGUGAUUUCCAGUUUUUAUUUUCUCUGACGUAGUAGAAAGGAAUGUUUACAUUAAAAAUACUUUUGUUUCUCAUGAAUGGAUAUUAUACUCUCCCCUUUCAAAGCAUUAUUUUACAGUAAUUCAUGGCAUUUUAAAAACUAAGGCAAAGAUAAUACAACAAAAAAAUAUACAUGGUUUCAAGGCAAAUUCUCCAAUAAGUAGGAAAAUGUAAAAAGGAUCAAGUGGAUGCAGCCUCUACCUAAAUAAUUAAAAUACAUUUCAAUAGAUUUCUGAAUUAACACCAGGUCUUCACUUUUUAGAACUUACCUAAUUGUUUUCAUUUUCUUAGUUUUGCCUGUGUGUCUCUAUGUUUGCAAAAAUUACUAUGAGUCAAAUUUUGCCAGUGAAUUUAACUAUUUUCCUUUCACUGCAAUUAAGAGAAAGGGGAAAAAAAAGCAUUUAUCUUCUCAUACCCUUUGCAUCUAAUUACUUAACAAAGCCAAUAUUUUCCCAUCUUCCAAAUCCUGUCCAUCUCUAACAUAAAUAUUAAUUGAACAUAAAGCUACGUUUGGAGGGAGUGGACUGGCAGGACAGUUGGAAGCCCAUCGCAGUCUGUUGGCAGUUUCAUCAAAGCUGUAUAGUCCAACUAGCGGGGCAUCUUGGCUACUACAGUGGAAGUCUCAGCAAACUGCCUGGUUUUGUUUGUUUGUUUUGUUUUAAGGUACAGGAAAUAAGAGGAAUAAUAGUGGCCAAAGCGAUUAGAACAUCUUCAUUCCAGAACUGUGUUCAUCAAUCCAGGAAGAUUGAUACAUUUUUCUUUAAAAAUAAAUUAGUAUUACAGCUAGAAGUCAAUUGGGAUAAAUAAAGGGAUGAGGAUCCACCAAGUAUGUGACUUUUGUACACACCCAGUACAUCUCAAAGGAUGCUAAGGGACAUUUUCUGCCAGUAGAGUUCUCCCCCUUUUAGGUGACAGCAAUAUUAUUAUGUUCACGUCCAACUCCAGAGCUUACUUCCUGUGGUGCCAAUGUAUUUGUUGCAAUUUACUACAUUUUUAUAUGAGCCUAUUUAUAGGUGCCAUUAAAUAAACUCAGGUCUUUCAAAUGAAAGAGUUUCUAGCCCACCUAGGGAAAAAGAUAAUUGUUUAGAAAACCAUAAAAUCAAUGGUAGGAAAAGUUGGAACUGGUUACCUGGAUGCCAUGGUUCUCUGUUAAGCAAAAGACCAGGUAUAUUCUGAGUGCCAUCAGUGUUAUUUUCAGCAUGCUAAUAAACAUCUUUCCAGUUAUAUAUCUAGAUUAACCUUUAAAAUAUUGGUUUCCUUAAUAAAAGCACCACUUUUGCUUUUGUUAGCUGUAAUAUUUUUUGUCUUUUAUAUAAGACCUGGUUUGGCUCUCAAUAAAAGAUGAAGACAGUAGCUCUGUACAGGGAUAUAUCUAUAUUAGUCUUCAUUUGAUGAAUGAAGAAAUGUUCUCAUAUUAUGUUCAAGAAAGUAUUUACUUCCUAAAAACAGAAUACCCAAUUCUGUCUAUUUUGGUUGAAUACCAGAACAAAUCUUACCGUUGCAAUCCCAGUUAAACUAAAGAAAAAGAAUAUCUUACAGACUGUUCAUAUUAGAUGUAUGUAGACUGUUAAUUUGCAGUUUCCCCAUAUUCCCUGCCUAUCUUACCCAGAGAACUUUCUUUGAAGGUAAAAGCUGUGCAAAAGGCAUGAGACUCAGGCCUACUCUUUGUUUAAAUGAUGGAAAAAUAUAAAUUAUUUUCUAAGUAAUAAAAAUAUAAAAAUUAUCAUUAUAAAUAAAGUCUAAAGUUUGAAAUUAUUAAUUUAUAAAAGUGAACUAAUUGUGUGAUUAUCAAAUCUUGAUUAAUGAAAAGUGAAUAAUCUAAAAAUCAUUUAUAUUCUACUGUGGGAGGUAUUCUUGGUGCUUCCAUGUCAGUAAGGGGCUCUCCCUUGUCCUCAUCAUUUAUAGUACUUCUAAAAUAAUAAUGGAAACCUCAUUAAGGGUCUUGUCCUCUUCUGUCAUCCUAACCCUGAUUCUAGUUUAAUGCCUUCCCUGACUUAUAUGCCAUUUGCAAAUAAACUGCCUUUCAAACUGUUA